AUGACCGAAGCAAUGGCCGAUGUCGACUCCAUCGUCAAGGGCGCCCCCGUCUCGCUGCCGCCAGGCGACCUGUCGUCAGGCACCGCCAGCGCAAGCGGCAGCGACGACGAACGUGAUAACAACACCAAUCUCAAGGGAAAAUCGCUCCUGCAACACCGUCCGGGCGACCCCCUCAGCCACACGCCGUCGUCGCCGUCCAUGAUCUACCUCAACCUGCUGAUCCUCGAGGCCUCGCUGCGCGCACAGUACCUAGAGCUGCGGGCACGUCGCAGACAUCACACAUUCUUCCUGUCGCUGCUAACGGCGUGGACCGCUUUCUUCGGCUACGCCCUGUUUCUGGCGCCGCGCGAGGACGGCCGCGGUGUUGGCGGUUCCGUCUACUGGGCCGUCGAGACCGCCGAACGCAUGUGCUUCCUCGCUGGCAUCGUCACUGCACUGCUCGUGUGGGUGACGGGUAUUUGGGAGCGGGGUAUUCGUUGGCCGCGACGCUGGUUCGCUGUGUCGAAUCGGGGUCUGAGAGGAUUCAACUGCAAGCUGGUGCUGCUGAGACAGCCGUGGUGGAAGGAAGCUCUCAGCACCAUCGGCUGGUUUCUGACAUAUGGUUUGUUCUCCGACAACGGAAGCUCGUACCGCUGGGUUGACCCGGCAUUGGUACGCGAGGUCGACCGCGAGAUGAAUCUGGAUAAGGACACACACCCGGCCGUCAACGUUGGUCACUGGGAUGCCGAGAAGGGGGGACAUGAAGAGGAUUUAGCACCUGGAGGCGAUUACGUCAAGCUGCUGCUUCUUGCCAAGCCCUUCUCGCCCACCUUCCGCGAGAAUUGGGAGCUCUACCGCGCAGAGUACUGGGAGAAGGAGAACGAGCGCCGUGCCCGGCUGCGCGCCAAGCUCAAGGAGCGCGACCGCCAGCUGCGCAAGCAGAAGUACGGCUGGCUGUGGUGGCUUCCGUGGCGUCGCAUCCCCGACCGGCCUCCGGCAACAACACAAACUUCCGCAGUGGCUGAGAAAGCCCAACACCCACGCCACGCAGCUGUCGCGGCUGAGCACAAGCGCGCCCGGAGCGGCAGCAUACGUCGGGGCAGCAUGUCGCGCGGCACUUCUGGGUCAGCCGCGGCGGCAUUGCUGGAUGGAGAGAAGAAAGGGGGAAGCAGCACAUCGAGCAGCGCGUCGGAGAACAAAAAGAGGAAGAAGCUGGGGCCGGGAAGCAAGGGGCGGCAGCGAGAGCGCGGCGAACGGGAGCGUGAGUCUCGGUCGGCUACGCCCGAAGUACCGUCGCCGCUGAGUCGCGAGAGCAGUGUGGCUGAUGCCGCGUAG